AUGUACUUAGGUUUGACGGUACGGACAUUCAUCGACAUCCUCGACAAAACUCUUUGGUUAUACUCCGCAUUUACUUAUCGUGCAUACGCGUCGUUGCAUUGUAUAGGUACUGGACGAGAGACAAAAACCGAGGUUCGCCCAAGCAUGGACUUUUCGUACUCCGUGGCAAAGUCGAGGCUCAUUUCAGUCUGCAUUAACGCGAAGCGCUCAGGAACGAGCGCAGAAUCGUCUGCUAUGUCACGUCCCACGUUGUCAGAGAUGGAUGAGUCGGUUCAGCGUGAGGCCCAGCUGCACCUGUCCAGCAUCAUUGAUCUGCAGAGUGUAGAAAGUGUUAGUUCCGCAGGAGCUGUCAUAAGCUUCCUCACGAGGCACGGCGUUAGUCGAUCCACCCUCAGAGGCGGCCGCACUCCCAUGGUACUCGCUGUCGAGUCAUUUGCUAUAGAUUCGUUCAUGCUUAUUACUGCGAACUCUCUGAGCUCCCUUCAGAUAUUUGAGGAUGAAUCUCAUCCAAGCAUGCACAGCAGCGUCCAUGGCCGCAAAGAAGGUCUUUCUUUGUUCAGCAUACUGAGCCAAACAAAAACAUCGCAAGGUCGCUAUCUCCUGAAGCAAUGGCUUUUGAGGCCGUCGCUUGAUUUAUCCAUCAUUCAGACUCGCCAUCAGUCCGUCGAAUGUUUCACCAGAACAGAGAACCAGCCCACAGUAGCGCAAUUUUCCAAGGCGCUGUCCCACAUCAAGAACAUACCAAAGAUUCUGCAAGCGAUGCCUCGCAAGGCGACCAUCGCAGAAUGGCAGGCGCUUCUCCAGAUGCACCAGCAGUUUGUCGUGAAGGAUCUCAUGGCUAUCGGCACGUUUAUUGAAGAUGUGCUCGACUUUGACGAAAGCGUCAUCGAGGGCCGAUGCACGGUGAAGCACAAUGUAGACGAAGAGCUGGAUCGGAUGCGGCAGACCUACCGCGGCCUGGACAGCUUUUUGUCCGAGAUCGCGAAAGAGAUCUCGUUGACGAUCCCUUCGGAUUUCACCUCGACUAUUAACGUGAUCUACUUUCCACAGCUGGGAUAUCUGAUCACGGUCCCAAUGAAUCCAAACUGGAAAACGGAUCAGGACUUUCAUCUGGAAGGUCUGAGCUACCAGUUCAGUACCGAGAGCACAGUUUACUACAAGAACAGCGCGAUGCGAGAGCUAGAUGAGCACCUCGGAGAUAUACAUGGGCUCAUAGUCGACCGUGAAAUCGACAUUCUGCAAGGUCUUCAGGAGCGCAUAAUGGAAUACAGUCAAGUUCUCGUCGCUUGUAGUGAUUUAUGUGCUGAGCUUGACGUGCUCGUUUCUUUUGCGCAAGUGGCGCGACUGAGGAACUACAGGCGACCGAGGAUGACCGAACAGAGCAUUCUGCAUAUCAUGAACGGUCGGCAUCCACUACAGGAAUUGGUUGUCGGCUCGUUUGUUGCAAAUAACACUUGGCUGGGAGAGGUAAAGACUCCUUCUUCCAUGUCAGAAGACGGGGCAAGUAACAACAAUCGCAUUAUGAUCCUGAGUGGGGCAAACAGCUCUGGUAAGAGCGUCUACCUCAAGCAAGUGGCAUUGAUUGUCUACAUGGCGCACAUCGGCAGCUUUGUCCCCGCAGAGUCCGCUGUCAUAGGAGUAACAGACAAGAUCCUGACGCGCUUACAAACUCGAGAGACUGUCUCCAGCAUCCAGAGCGCGUUCAUGACGGAUCUGCAGCAGGUAACGCUGGCCAUAAAGAUGGCGACAAGACGGUCGUUGGUCGUGUUGGACGAAUUCGGCAAGGGCACAGCAUCAACAGAUGGUGCCGGCAUGUUCUGUGCGGUAAUUGAGCAUUUUGCGAAGCGAACGCACGACCAACCCAGAGUCCUGGCAACGACUCAUUUCCAUGAAUUGUUUGACAACCAGCUGCUUGACUUGAGCCUCCCAAUCUCGCUGUUCACAAUGGAGGUCUAUCAGGAGCCCAACUGCCUUGAAGCGACUUUUCUGUUCAGGGUUAUACCUGGCAAGGCUCCAUCGUCUUUGGGGCCAGCUUGUGCAGCCAUGGCCAGUCUGCCUGCCAAAAUUGUGCAGCGAGGUAAUGAGAGAGAACUCCUCUCAGGGUCUGGCAAGUUUCCAGCCUCAGCGUUUCAGAUACGCACUGACCAACGUGCAAUAUUUCAUUUGUAUGUAAACUACAGGCGCGUACUUGUCCGGGCUCUUUCGACGCUACGAGAUGGUCAUACCCACGCUCACAGAGCACGAGACGAAGAUGCAACAGAUGUACGAAACUCUAACAGGGAUGCUUCUAAGGCUGGACCUGGAUUGCUUGGUUCUCGAUGAAUCCACCGUCAAGGCUGAGGACGACGAUGGGCAGCCAUAUCAUGGCGACACGGAACAGAGGGCUUUUGCCACGGCUAGCAGUAACUUUGGUGCGAGUCUUACAGACACCCGGGAUUCGAACGAAAGUACGCGUGGAAGUUUCAGCAGUGAGCUCACAAGAACUACGCUUGGCAAGCGUAAAGGUCGAGAGAAUUUUAAUUAUUCCGAGACUGAAGGUCAUGUUCCUGACACUGAAGGGCACAGGAUAGCGAUCAAUGAGACGUUGAGUAGGGCCAUCGACAAGCUGCUGGAGUACGCGGAGCUGGUCGCCAGGAAGGAGCGUGAGCAAGAGGAGUACUACGAUGAAGCGUAGCAGUAUUCGGGAGAUGGAGCCUGCACCAUGCAAGCAAGAGCGAAGUGGUUCUAUUUCUAUUGCAAAC